AUGGCCCAGAAACGUAUCCCUGCGACCAUGAAGGCGCUGAGGCUGAUCAAUUACAAUGAGAACUACCAACUUCGCACCGAUGUUCCAGUCCCCACUCCUGGUCCAGGAGAGCUCCUCAUCCGCGUGGCUGCGGCGGGAUUUUGCCACACAGAUUACCAGGUCUAUCAAGGUGUAUACGGAACGCAGCUGCCUUUCACCGGUUCACACGAGCCUGCGGGUACGGUUGUAAAACUCGGCUCUGAUGUACCGGGCGAUUGGAAGGUAGAUGACCGCGUUGGUGUAGUCAAUUUUAGGGAGCCAUGCAAUACCUGCAAUGGAUGCAGAUGGCGGAUGAAGACGUACAGCUCUCUUGAUGCCCGCUAUUGCGAGAACAAAACCAUGAGCGGUAUUCUGAAAGCCGACGGCGGAUUUGCGGAGUAUAUGGUCGCCUCGCACUAUGCACUUGUCCGCUUGCCAAAUGAGCUGUCUUUUGAACAGGCGGCGCCACUAAUGUGUGCUGGUGCCACCGUAUGGAAUGCGAUCAAGGAAACCGGGUUGGAGAAGGGAAGUUCGGUGGCCAUUGUUGGGAUCGGCGGGCUUGGGGUUCUCGCUAUACAGUUUGCCAAAGCUCGAGGGUUGCGGGUUGUCGCUAUAGACAACCGUGAUGUUGGUUUGAAGCUUGCAUCCGAGGUCCCCGCCAAUCUCAGACCCGAUAUUACAAUAAAUUUCAAUAGCCAUGAGGCCAUCCAACAGAUCUCUGAGUUUACGGAUGGUAUUGGGUUGAAUGGUGCUGUGGUCUGCACUGAUGAUGUUUCGGCCAGUGACUGGGCUUUACAUCGCCUUCAGCCUAGGGGCGUCUGUGUCGUUCUUGGUCUCCCAGAAUCUGGUUUCAAAUUCGAUGCAUUCAAUCUCGUAUUCCGAGAAAUUGUCGUGAAGGGAUCCUUGCAUUGCCCUGUUGAUGAAGCUAAGAAAAUGAUCAAAGCGGUGGUUGACAAUGGAGUUGUCAGCCAUCUGACCAUCCUUACUCUAGAGGAGGGAGAGGAUAUUCCUGAGAGGGCUGCUACAUAUUCAUUUACUGGAAGGCUGGUCAUCAAAAUUUAG